AUUUUAUGUUUUCUUUGUUUACUCCUCUGGCCUGAACCUGCGGGGGCUCAGUUUCCUCGAGUGUGCUGCACAGUGGAGGGGAUUCUGUCUAAGCAAUGCUGCCCUGCUCUGGGCUCAGAUCCUACUAAUGUGUGUGGCUCUCUGUCGGGGAGAGGAAGCUGCUCUACAGUUCGAGUUGACAACAAACCCUGGGGAGGACCGUACAGACUGAGAAAUGUUGAUGACAGAGAGAGGUGGCCGACCAAAUUCUUCAAUCAGACUUGCAGAUGUACUGGUAACUUUGCAGGUUAUGACUGUGGCCAGUGUAAAUUUGGCUGGACCGGGCCAAACUGUGACCAGAGGAAAGCUCCUGUGGUGCGGAAGAACAUCCACUCCUUGACCCCUGAAGAGCUCCAGGAGUUCCUGAAUACUCUGGAACUGGCUAAGACCACCAUCCACCCAGACUAUGUUAUUGCCACCCAGCACUGGCUGGGACUCCUGGGACCAAAUGGAACCGAGCCACAGAUUGCCAACAUCUCCAUCUAUGACUUCUUUGUGUGGCAACAUUACUACUCAGUCCGUGACACUCUUCUCGGUCCAGGUCGCCCAUUCAGAGCCAUUGAUUUCUCACACAAAGGUCCAGCAUUCAUUACCUGGCACAGGUAUCACCUUCUGAGCUUGGAGAGAGAGCUACAGAGACUGAUUGGCAAUGAGAACUUUGCGAUCCCUUACUGGAACUUUGCCACUGGGCAGAGUGAGUGUGACGUGUGUACCGACUCUCUGCUGGGGGGCCGAAACCCAGACAACCCCUCUCUCAUCAGCAACCAGUCCAGAUUCUCCAGAUGGGGGGUGGUGUGUAACAGUUUGGAUGACUACAAUCGACUGGUGACUCUUUGUAACGGCACCAGUGAAGGUUUCAUUCAGAGAGGGAUAAUGGAGCAAAGCAACAUGUCUCUGCCUACCAUGAAUGAUGUCAGGAGCUGUCUUGGAAUCAGGGACUUUGACAGCCCUCCCUAUUUCACCAACUCUUCCUUUAGUUUUAGAAAUGCUCUUGAAGGGUAUGAAAAACCAGACGGAGAACUGGAUGAAACAGUCAACAACCUUCACAACCUUGUCCACUCUUUGCUCAAUGGAACCAGCUCUUUGUCCCACUCUGCAGCCAACGACCCCAUCUUUCUGGUGCUCCAUGCUUUCACUGAUGCCAUUUUUGAAGAGUGGAUGAAGAGGUUUGUGCCAUCCAACGCCACCUUCCCUGAUGAGAUGGCCCCCAUUGGUCACAACAGAGAGUACAACAUGGUUCCCUUUUUCCCUCCAAUCACUAAUGAGGAGAUCUAUAUUCCAUCUGAUCAGCUGGGAUAUUCCUACGCCAUCGACAUAGAUGAUGCAACCGGAGGGCCGACUGUGUUUGUGCUGGGCUCCACUCUGGGGGGAGUCUUCAUCGGUCUCCUGGUGCUUCUCCUUAUCUUUGUGCUCUACCUGCGUCAACGAAGAAACAGUGGCUUUGAACCUCUGAUAAAAGCAGACUUCACAAAUAGGAAGUACACAGAGGAAGCCUAG